AUGGGUUUGUACGAGCGGUGGCUGCGGGCUCAUGGCGCGAACGCCUCCGCCUACCCGGCGCGCGGCUCACCCAUCGGCCAGAACGGCGGGGACUUCAUGGUGCCCUUCCUGCCGCUUGUCACCAACGCGGCCGCCUUCGUGCCCUCGAGGGAGCUGGGAUACGAGUACGAGUACUUGCAGCCAGGCGGCGAGGGCUCCUGGUUCACGCGCUUCCAGGCGCAGCUGCAGGAGCUGUGGCCGUGGGUGGUGGGCGCCCUGCUGCUGGGCGCCCUGCUCGCCUCCCUGCUGGGGCUGGGCGCGUGGCGCGCGUGCCGCCUCGGGGUCGAGUCCCGCCAGAGGCGACAGCGCCGCGGCUUUCUCGCCUGGGAGGGCGCCCAGGGCAAGGACGGGCAGGAGACCCGCAGGUUGCUGGAUGACGUCGAGCCCAACGGGGUGCCCGGCUCGUUCCAGACGACGUUCUAG